CAUUCCGACUCGGAAGGUGGUUGCAUUCACACAUCGCUUAGGCGAAAAUUUCUAGGCGAGUACUGGCUCCAGCAGCGCCUAAGUUAGUUCGUUUGAGAUCUCUACACUUAGAAAUAAAAACACUAAUCAUGCAGUCUAUGAUUAUCCUCGCAGCCACCCUCUGCCUUGCGCAGGCCUCCUUCUACGCCGGUACCCCAGCGCACAUCCAGCUGAGCCCGGACGGCAAGUACGUGCUGGACACGCCCGAGGUGGCGCACGCGAAGGCCGCUCACUACGCUGCGCACGCGCAGGCGGCUACCAGCGCACACGGCGCUUGGGCGCCCGCCGCCGGUUACCUCGGCGGUGGUUACGCCGCUGGAGCUCAUUACGGCGCUCCUGCUGCUGGUCUCCUUAAGUACGGCCCCGCUCCCUUAGCCCAUGACGGCCGUGUGGUCGACACCCCCGAGGUUGCCCACCUUAAAGCCGCGCACAUUGCCGCGCACGCCGCCGCGCACGCCGGAGCCGCGCACGGAGCGCUCGCCCACGCUGGGGCCUACGCCCCCCUUGCUUACGCCGCCGCACCCCUCGCCCACGGCGCUGGCUACGCCGCCGGAUACGGCAAAUGGACCGGUCCCCAGGCCAACAUCCAGCUGAGCCACGACGGCCAAUACGUGAUCGACACCCCUGAGGUUCAACACGCCAGGGCUUCCCACCUCGCCCAGUACGCCGCCGCCGCGCACGCCGCCGCCGCCGCGCCCGAAGAACCCUGGGCCGCCCACGGACACGGCCACGGCUGGCACUGAACCCCCCUACCUCGGACCCCUGCUUCCGUCACUGCCUGAUUUAUACUUUUUAUACAAAACGACGAUGAGAAAAAACCAAAAAAAAGAUUACUUUAAGCUGUAUAAAGUUGAAUGUGAACUGUGUACUGCAAACUUGUAGAGCGAACUUAAAAUGUAUAAUAAAAAUCUAAUAAUAUUUUA